UGAAACGUUUCGCUCUGCUUCCUGAAGACCCAACUUGGCUCCCAUAAAGCCAUGGUUUGCCUUGUGCUCUGGGGGCACCAGGCUUGGCCGAAGCUGCUUCCCAUGACCUGGCCCUGCUCUGCCCUUUUUUCUCUUCUCUUCCUGCCUGCCUUCUCUAAAGCAAUGCACGUGGCCCAGCCUGCAGUGGUGCUGGCCAGCAGCCGGGGUGUUGCCAGCUUUGAGUGUGAGUAUGGUUCUUCACACAAUGCCAAUGAGGUCCGGGUGACCGUGUUGCGGCAGACAGCCAACCAGACCACUGAAGUCUGUGCGGCGACCUACCCCGUGGAGAGGGGGCUGUCUUUCCUAGAAGACUCUGCCUGCACUGGUGCCUCCAGCGGGAGCAAAAUGAACCUCACCAUCCAAGGAUUGCGGGCCGUGGACAGCGGGCUCUACAUCUGCAAAGUGGAACUCAUGUACCCACCGCCAUACUUCGUGGGCAUGGGCAACGGGACCCAGAUUUAUGUCAUUGAUCCAGAACCAUGCCCAGAUUCUGACUUCCUCCUCUGGGUCCUUGCAUCAGUCAGUUCAGGGCUGUUUUUUUACAGCUUCCUCAUCACAGCUGUUUCUUUGAGCAAAAUGCUAAAGAAAAGAAGCCCUCUUACAACAGGGGUCUAUGUGAAAAUGCCCCCAACAGAGCCCGAAUGUGAAAAGCAAUUCCAGCCUUAUUUUAUUCCUAUCCAUUGAGAAGCCAUUGUGAAGAGGAAAGAGCAUAUUUCAAAUUUCUAAGAGCUGAGGCAAUUCUAACUCUUUUUUUACUCUCCAGUUAUUUUGUUUGUUUGUGUAUUUGGGGGGAAUUCACCUCUCUUUAAUAUAAACUGGGAGCAGAACUCAAAUUAAGCACAUUACAAUUUAAAGCAGAGGAGCAGGAAAGUGGAAUGACAG